AUGAAGCCGACAACAUUAUCGGCAUUGACGGCGGGUCUGGGUCUGGCGACAGCGGUAAAUGCUAUCGACGUCACAUUCACGGACAAUGAGUCGAUUAAGAGCGCUGCGGGCACAAUUGCAUAUGGAUUGGUGAAAUAUUACACAGGAAACAACACUGGCGACACACCAGGAAACCUGCCAGAUCCUUACUACUGGUGGGAGGCUGGUGCCAUGUUUGGCACGCUGGUUGAUUAUUGGUGGCUCACAGGCGACGACUCCUACAACACGAUCACGACACAAGCUUUGCUGCAUCAAGUCGGUGACGAUAAUGAUUAUAUGCCCCAAAACCAGACUUUGACGGAAGGAAACGACGAUCAGGGCUUCUGGGCGAUGGCUGCCAUGUCAGCAGCGGAACACAAGUACCCGAAUCCCCCGGACGGCGAACCACAAUGGCUUGCACUAGUACAAGCAGUCUUCAACGAAUACGUUAGUCGAUGGGACACAGGAAACUGCGGCGGUGGCGUGCGAUGGCAGAUUUUCACGUGGAACGCCGGAUACGAUUACAAGAACUCGAUUUCGAACGGAUGCUUCUUCAACGUGGCCGCCCGUUUGGCUCGCUACACCGGCAAUACCACCUAUUCCGAUUGGGCCGAGAAGGUCUGGGACUGGGAAACCAGCGUCGGCUUGAUCACGAGCAACCACGAGAUUCUUGACGGUGUUCAUUUCGAGGGAUCAUGUCCCAGCUCUACCGACAGCACAAAAUGGUCCUACAACGCCGGCAUCUUCCUGUACGGCGCGGCCGUCAUGUACAACAUCACGGAAAGCGACACGUGGAAGACGCGCGUUGACGAGAUGCUCACCGACAUCACGACCGCGUUCGUCCAGAACAACAUUCUCUACGAAGCGUAUUGCGAACCGACGGCGCAGUGUAGUCAAGAUGCUCAGAGUUUCAAGGGAUAUUUGAGCAGAUGGAUGGCCGCCACGAUGCAGGUGGCUUCAUACACUACCGACACCAUUCAACCUCUGCUGCUGUCAAGUGCACAGGCGGCAGCUACGGCAUGUUCAGGAUCUCCGGCUUCGGGCUUUAAGGGUCAUGCGGGUACGGCCUGUGGCUUCUCCUGGCUGAACAACACCUUCGAUGGCUUGGUUGGUGUCGGUCCCCAGAUGAACUCGCUGCAGAUCAUCAUGUACAACCUCGUUUCGUCGGCAGAUGCGCCCGUCACCGCCAACACGGGAGGAAACUCUUCGGGCGAUGUCACUGGAGGAAAGAGUGACGGCUCAGGGACGAAGGCCCCGUCGGCGAUUACUACUGCAGACAAGGCCGGAGCGGCUAUUUUGACUAUUCUAGUAACGGGUAGUGUUGUUGCAGGCACGGUUUUCAUGGUUCUUUAG